GACCCAGAGAGAGAGCGAUUAAUUGACAAUGUCCAUCCCAGAGGAGGGAAACUAUACUCCUGCAGCUCCCAACACCAGUCCUCCUCCUCAGUAGCAACGCAGUUCAUCCGGAGGAAACAACUAUGAGAGAGUAGCUAGCAUGCACGGACAAUUCAUGUAAAUGGCGCCUGUGAAAGGGAAAUUAUAUCAGCGCUUGCUGUGGUGUGUCGUCUUUCUUCCAAUCUCAGGUGUUUUAUGCUUCAGUGAGUUAUUUUUCAUCAAGGAGCCCCAUGACGUCACUGUCAUGCGGCGAGACGCUGUCAUUUUGGACUGUCAGGCGCACGGAGAGUCGCCCAUCGACGUCAGAUGGCUCAAGAACGGAGUAAACGUUUUGGAGAACGAACGGGUGUACCGACUCUCCAAUGGCUCGCUUUUUAUUUCGGAGGUGGAGAGCAGAAGAGGAGACAAAUCAGAUGAAGGGCUCUAUCAGUGCCUUGCUCAGAACAAGUAUGGCGCAAUCCUGAGCCAGAGAGCCCGUCUUACAAUCGCAAGUAUCUUCGCUUUUGCAAUCCAGCCGACGUCAAUAGUGGUAACUCAAGGCUCAGUCGCCAGGUUAUCCUGCAAAAUCAGUGCACACCCUCCUCCAAUCAUCACUUGGGAGUUCAAUCGGGUCACAUUACCCCUUGCCACUGAAAGAAUCACAGUCCUGCCCAACGGUGUUCUUCAGAUCCACGCGGUGCAGCGGGCAGAUGCUGGAAAUUACCGCUGCAUUGCCACCAACAUUGCCAGCCGCCGCCGAAGCACAGAGGCCACCCUCACUGUCACCCCGGCCCCCAGUCCACAGCUUCCCCAGAGGCCACACAUCAUUGUCGGGCCACAGAACAUUUCAGUGUCGCUGCACCAGAAUGCCAUCCUGGAGUGCAUGGCCACAGGCAAUCCCCGACCCAUCAUCUCCUGGAGCCGAGCGGACAGCAAGUCCAUUGAUGUUUACAGCACCAAAGUGUUGGGAAACGGCAACCUCAUUAUCACAGACAUCAAGCCCCAGCAUGGGGGUGUCUACAUGUGUAGAGCCACCACUCCCGGCACACGAAACUAUACCGUCGCCUCAGCUAACGUCACUGUGUUAGCACCGCCUUCCUUGGUCGAGUGGCCGGAGAGCCUGACCCGUCCACGUGCCGGCACUGCCCGCUUUGUGUGCCAUGCUGAAGGAGUACCAACGCCUCGAAUCACUUGGCUCAAGAAUGGAGAAAAAGUUCACUCCAACGGUCGAAUCAAGAUGUACAACAGCAAACUGGUCAUCAACCAGAUAAUUCCCGAGGACGAUGCCAUCUACCAGUGCCAGGCAGAGAACGAGCAGGGAUCGGUCCUCUCCAUGGCGAGGCUCAUUGUGGUCAUGUCUGAGGAUCGGCCGAGUGCUCCAAGAAAUUUAAGAGCUGACACCGUGUCGAGCUCCGCCAUUCUUCUGGCUUGGGACAGGCCUCUGUAUAACUCGGAUAAAGUUAUUGCGUACUCUGUGCACUACAUGAAGGCUGAAGGAUUAAACAACGAGGAAUAUCAAGUUGUCAUUGGAAACGAUACAACUCGCUACAUUAUUGAUGACCUGGAGCCGGCUCGCAACUACACCUUCUACGUCGUGGCCUACAUGCCCAUGGGAGCCAGUCGUAUGUCCGACCAUGUGUUCCAGCACACACUUGAGGAUGUCCCCCUCCGCGCCCCUGAGCUCAGCCUCACCAGCAACAGUCCCAUGGACAUCCAGGUGUCUUGGCAGCCCCUUCCAGACAAGUUGAGUCGUGGCCGAGUCACCGCCUACCGUUUAUCCUAUCGCACCACUGCUGAGAAUGCAGUCUCACAAUUAGAGCUACCCGGAGAGAAGACCCAGCAUCUCCUGCAGAACCUGCAGCCUGACACCAUCUACCUCCUGCGUAUUGUCGCUGCCACUGGCAUAGGGUGGGGGGAGCAGUCUGCCUGGACGUCCCACCGCACUCCGAAGGCAUCCAGUGCUCGAGUUCCUCUGGCUCCAGAGCUGCGUUUGGAGCCUUUAAACUGCACCACUAUUUUGGUGCGUUGGCAACUUGCACCCAGGAACUCAGCCAUUGUGCAAGGCUACAGACUCUUCUACCAUGAGGAGAGCCAGCCAGAGAGUGCCCCGGUUCAGCUGCGUGCCUUGGAUAAUACACACACCAUCGGUGGCCUUGACCCAAGGAAGAAGUACCACGUAAAGCUUCUGGCUUAUAAUAUUGUCGGAGAUGGCUACCAAGCAGACCAGACUAUCAGCACCCCCGGAUGUGUCUCUGUUAGAGAUCGCCUGGUGCCCCCUCCACCUCCUCCACACAACGUGUACACCAAGACUAACAGUUCCUCCGCCAUAUUUCUGCACUGGGGUCGACCAGCCUUCACUUCCAGCCAUUCGGUCAACUACACUGUCCGCUGCAACCCAGUGGGCCUGCAGAACGCCUCCCUGGUACUCUAUCUGCAGACGAGUGAGCAGAACCUCCUGGUGCGAGAUCUGGAGCCCAACACCAAGUAUGAAUUUGCCAUUCGCCUUCACAUUGACCAGUUGUCCAGCCCCUGGAGCCCUGUGGUCUAUCAGAGCACUUUACCUGACGCUCCCACGCUGCCUCCUUCCAAUGUGAAAGUGACUCUGAUUGAAGAAGACACAGCACUGGUUUCAUGGAAACCCCCAGAUGAACCCAACAUAGCUGUGAUGCAUUACACGAUCCUGUAUGCCUCCAGACACGCAUGGAUAGCCGGGGAAUGGAAAGUGCUGCAAAGAGAAGGGAGCAUCACCAUGGCGCUGCUGGAGAACCUGAAGCCUGGCCAAGUUUACUUGGUGAAAGUCUCUGCAUCCAACAACAUGGGUGAUGGGCCGUUUUCUCACACGGUGGAGCUGACAGUGCGAGCAGAUCUCUCCUCUGGUCAUGAUCCCUGGCACUCCCGUGGCUCCACACACUCCACAGACUUUUCUGAUGGAUUCUACCACCUGGACCAAAAGUCAAUGACAGGGAUCACAGUGGGAGUCUGCAUCGCUCUCAUCUGCAUCAUCAUCUGCGCUUUCAUCAUUGUCUGCAGAGGCAAAAACAGAAAAUUUUCAGUUGUUAAAACGUACAGAGAAGGAGUGAGCACAUCUGCCUCGACUGCAGGACAUCUGGUCUCCGAGGGACAAGCUGAGAGCGCUGAUGUGACUGUGCCAAUGAUUAGUCAAAACCAUUUCCUUGAUGCCAAGGGUGGAACAAAUCUCAUUAUAAAUUCUCUCGGCCCUGUUCAGCCUGGCACUGAGAAGAAAGAGAAAUGGUUUUCCUUCAGCAAUAAUGUGAGAAAAGACAGUAAAGCAGUACAGAACAUGACACAUGGUACCAGCUCCUACCAGCACGGUACCACAGUGUUGACCUUUGAAGAGGAGCUGUCCAUUUCUCCAGACCAGCCCGCCACCAUGCAGGCUCUGCUGUGGCGUCCCAGUGACACCGAGGGCUCCUCCACCAGCGAGGGCAGCCACGCAACCGGUGACUCAGGUCGUUACUCUCACGACGAGACAGAGAUGACCAACCUGUCGUCUGGUCCAAGCAGCCGCCCACCGUCACUGACAGCCGAGAACAGUGGAGGCUCGGACUGCAGCCUCCCCGCUGAAGAGCCAGGCGGGCAGCUCGAGGAAAGUCAGACCGGCCUGAAGUCAACGGAGUCCGCGGAGAACGGUUGCUGUCUUCAUGACACGCAGAGCGGUUCUCAGUCUGCACUUUCUCUCUAAGUGUGUGUGUGUGUG